AGUAAUAAAAUGUCUGGGAUUGUAGACAUUAUAUUUGGACACUGCUCUUUUCUUUCUUUUAUAAUACAGUGUUUUUGGUGCAGUGAAGAAAAAUCUUGUGAAAAAUUUAGUUUUCCAUUCUUUGACUGUGGAUUAAGUUCUAUAUUUUGGUUAAACUGUAGAGUUGACAUGUUUGGAUUCCUGAUGAUUCUACUUAUCAUAAUAAUCCUUAUAACCAUCACGUGGUGUUGCUGUGCCACUCAUUAUCUGGUUCAACAGGAAGCUCAACUCUUUGUUCAUCGAUCACCAUACAGUUUUGGUCCAAGCAAUUAUGACACUGCUGAGUAGAAAACUUAAAAGUCCAGAGACUUCUUCAAUGGCCAUAGAUAGUAAUACUCCAGGGCUACCCCUGACUCUGCUUGGAGAUCAUUCCUAGUGCUUCUCAGACCAUGCAGUGCUGAGGAUCAAACCUGGGCUUCCUGCAUGCAAAACACAUAUCUAGAUGGUUAAACUAUCCUUCUGCCACA